UCUUUCUUUCUUGUUUUCUUUUUUCUUGUUCUUCUUGCUGCAGCAACAACACGCACACCAUGCCUUCUAAUUCUUCUCAUCACCAAUUUCUUCUUCAUUUUUCCUUGUUGCAACCAACGACCCCGCACCAUAGUCAUUCAUCACCAUGCCAAUAUUCUCAUCACCCUUCAAGCACCAAACCCGCGAGCACAAAGGGAGAGAGGGAGAAGAAGUUUUUCGCCGUUUCUUGCCUGAUCGACUCACUGACAGUUGCUACGCGUAGACCUCGAGGUUCGUUUGUGGAAACCUUGGGCUUGACUGAACAAGCUUGUGAGCGAGACCUGCACCGCGAGACUAGAACAACUCGAGGUUCGUUUGUGGAAACCUUGGGCUUGACUGAACAAGCUUGUGAGCGAGACCUGCACAGCGAGACUAGAACAACUCGAGAUAAAAUAAAUUCACGCCACAAUGGCCGCAAUAUGCAUCGUAGUGACUGCAAUGUCCGCAACCGCGACGGCCGCAACCGCAACCGCAUCUGCCACCGCAACCGCAAUUUAAAACCCUGGCGAAGAGUUCAACUGAUUCAAAACUGACACCUAACUGGGAAGGGCCGUACAGGAUUUUGCGUGAUUUGGGACAUGGGGCUUACCAUUUGGAGGAGCUAUCUGGGCGUAGGAUUCCCUGGGCAUGGAACGCGCAACACUUGCGCUACUACUACAGUUGAAGUUGUGUUCUGAUUUAUUUUGUUUUAGUUGGUUUGGUUCUGUUCAAAGACUACGUUGUGUUUGUUUGUUUUGUGAUUUCUGUAUUUGCUUCAAGUGUCAAGACUAUGUGGCUUGUCUGUUAAGACUUAGUAGCAUGCACUCUUUUCUCUACCCAGUAGGGAGAGUUUUUAACGAGGCAUGACUUUAUAUUUUAAUGAAUAAACAGGUAUGCACUUUUUUCUC